AUGCGGGUCCUGUGCGUAGCUGAGAAGCCAUCUAUCGCCAAGUCCAUCACACAGAUUUUGUCGGGAGGGCGAUUUAACACGCGCAAUAGCCGGAAUAAGUACAUCAAGAACUAUGAUUUUGACUACCCACAGACGAACGCACAUUUCACCGUAACGUCUGUAACGGGUCAUGUCAUGGAUUACGACUUCAAUGUGAUGUACUCCAAGUGGACUUCGUGCGACCCCUUCGCGUUGUUCGACGCGCCUAUCGAGUGCAAAGUCAAGGAUGACGCGAAGACCAUUGCAGACAAUCUCAAGACCGAAGCCGCUCGUGCGCAAAUGCUGAUGAUAUGGACGGACUGUGAUCGAGAAGGGGAGAACAUCGGGGCUGAGAUUGCGCGGAUAUGCCAGAGGUCCAACCGAAACCUCACGGUGAGGCGUGCUCGCUUCAGUGCUAUCAUUGCACAGCAAAUCCAUAAUGCUGCUCAACACCCAGUCAAUCUUGACAUGGCUCAAGCCAGUGCUGUAGAAGCUCGAAUACUACUCGACCUCAGGAUUGGUUCGGCGUUCACGCGCCUGCAGACACUCAACCUACAGAGACGCUACGAAGCUCUCAAGAAAGAGCUAAUAUCUUAUGGUCCUUGUCAGUUCCCUACGCUCGGCUUUGUUGUCGCGCGAUACAACAAGGUCAAGAACUUUAAGCCUGAGCCAUUCUGGUACAUCUUCCUCUCCCUCACGCGGCCGUCGUCGGACGAGGAGCCCGUAGAUACCGAGUUCACAUGGAGGAGGGGACACCUAUUCAGUCUUCCAGCCGCAUGGGGGCUUUACGAAGCUGCGCUCGAACAUCCCGUGGCAAGAGUAACUAAAGUUACGUCCAAGGAGACAAAGAAAUGGAAGCCCUACCCGCUUACUACUGUCGAUCUGCAGAAGGCCGGCUCGCGAUUGCUCAAAUUGUCCCCUAAGAAGAUACUCGACAUCGCGGAGCACCUGUACCAGCAAGGGUUCUUGUCGUAUCCUCGUACCGAGACAGACGUAUACGACCCUCAAUUCGACUUCAUGUCGCUGAUCCAGAAGCAAACGGCAGAUCCCGCGUGGGGCGGCUUCGCCAGUGGCCUACGAGAAGGAGGUUUCACACCACCCCGCAGGGGUAAGAAUGACGACCAUGCCCACCCUCCCAUUCACCCGACAGCCCACGCCGGGAAUCUCGUCGGCGACGAGAAGCGAGUCUACGAAUACAUUGCCCGUCGUUUCCUGGCGUCUUGCUCGAAAGAUGCCCUGGGCUGGCAAACCACUGUCGAUGUGAAGUACGGCGAAGAAGAGUUCUACGCUACUGGGUUGACGAUUCGUGAGCGGAACUAUUUGGAAGUCUUUCCGUACGACAAGUGGGCGGACAAGGAGCUACCGCAGUUCCAGGAAGGAGAGGCAUUUGUUCCGACAGAAUGCAGGCUCGACGAAGGGCAGACGUCGAAACCGAAGCUGCUGACCGAAGCCGACUUGGUCAGUCUUAUGGACGAGCAUGGCAUAGGUACGGACGCGACAAUUGCCCAGCAUAUACAGACCAUCGUCGAUCGUGGUUACGUGCAUGAGAAGAUGCAGGGUGCCACAAAGUAUCUUAUUCCGUCGACGCUUGGAAUUGGGCUGGUUGAGGGCUACGAUGCGAUCGGCUUUGAGCAAAGCCUGAGCAAGUCAGAGCUGAGACGCGAGACCGAACGACAGAUGGUGGAUAUAUGUCAGGGCCUGAAGAGCAAGAACGAGGUCCUUGAAGAAAGCAUUGAGCGCUAUAAGGAAAUGUUCAUGAGAACGAAGAUCGAGUUUCAGAAGUUGCUGCAGGCUGUGGGGAACCGUAUCAACGGUCAAGGUCCCGUACCCGAAAUCGACUUGGGUGAGGCUCACGACAGCGACGACGACGAUAACGGUGGUGGCGGAGGCAGAGGUGGGGGCCGCGGUGGUCGAGGUGGGCGAGGCUCACGUGGCAUAACAAGAGCAAGAGGGACGGCAAGAGGAGCAGCCUCUACAAGAGGAUCAGCUGCUGCGCGUCCCAAGCGCAGUCGAGGACGCGGAGCAGGUUUAGCCGCAGGUCGUCCUCCGCCGCCGCCUCCCCCACCGCCAGCUGCUCCACCUGCAGCUCUAAACGGAGACGACAGCGACGAUUACUGGAGCGAUGACCCCCCUCCGCCUCCUGCCCCGGCUCCCCGUGCUGCUGUGGCAUCGCGUCCACCCUUAUCCAGGAACGUGCCACCGUCCAAUGCAGGCGGGGCAGAACCGCAAUGCGACUGUGGCAUUCCAGCAGCAGAGCGCACAGUGACUAAGGAGAGCGCCAAUAAGGGCCGCAGGUUCUGGACAUGCGGGGACAAUCAAUCGUGUCAAUUCUUUCAAUGGUUCGACGGGCCAUCGAACUCCAGCUCUACCUCUUCGACUUCGCGCAGCGUCCCGUCGAAACGGCCGUUCAGCUCCGUCUCCGCGGCAGCUGAUGACGUUGGCGCGGAUAGACGCUGCCAAUGCGACCUGACCGCGGUGCUCAAGGAGACGGCGACGGGGGCGAAUAAGGGGAGAAAGUACUGGUCGUGCCCGAACCAGUCGCGGCAGGCGCAGUGUCGGUACUUUGAGUGGGCGGCGGAAGACGGGGAUGCCCUGGUUGCGCCUCCAAGUAGGAGUUACUCGACUUGGUCGGGAACGGGCAAGGGUCCAGGGAGCUAUGGAGGUGGUGGUGGCGACGGUGGUGGCGGCGGUGGUGCGGGAGGAGGAAGCGGAGGGUGCUUCCAGUGUGGAGAGGAGGGCCAUUGGGCGAGCGCGUGUCCAAACAGCGGGGCGAAGCGGCAGAAGAGUUCCGGCGACACGGGUGGCGGUGGUGGAGGCUCAUCCGGUGCUUGCUUCAAAUGUGGUCAAGAAGGGCACUAUAGUAACGCUUGCCCCAACGGAGGACGUCGCGACGCUGGCGGUGGCUCUGGGUCUGGAAACGCAUGCUUCAAAUGCGGGAAGCAGGGGCAUUUUAGCAAUGCUUGUCCAGGCGGCGGCAAGAGCUCCAGCUCGUCCAGACGGAGUUCCUCUUCAAGAGGAGGGAAAAGGGGACGAGGGCGAGGGGGCAAGUCUGGGAGCAGCCGGGGAAGGAAGAAAUCG